AUGGGAUACCAAGCAUCAGACACAAGCUCAACUGAAGAGCCCCUUGUUCUCGCACCUCAGAAGAAGCCCCUCUACCGUCGUGGAGGUUUCUGGUGUAUUGUCAUCUUCCUCUGCGUCCUAGCAGCUCUCAUCCCACCACUUGUCGUCUUCCGCGACCGUCUUGGAACGAAACCAUAUUCUCCCUUCUCCGACCCACCCUUCUGGAACGGCACUGGGCCCAACGACAACCCGUUCGGCACAUGCUUCACUAUCCAAGCCACCGCCUUCCAACCCAACUGGAAAGAGCAACAAACAACAACAUGGUGUGGAGCACAAUUCAAUCGCACCAGCCCCAUCUUUGCUUUGCCACUUAUCAACAUGUCUCGUGCAGUAGGGUCUGACGAACCAGUGACACACGAUGUCAACAGGACCCUUUGGGAGAGCAUGACGAGGAAUUGGUGUGGUGCAGAGGCAAUGAUCAGGGGACCAGAUGGAAGAGAAUACAGAGCAACCUAUGGUGAUGCCAAUACCUGGACCACUGUUGAUUUGAAUAUAGGUCUAUUUGAGACGGUCAAAGGCGUGCCUAUUGGGACCUACGCCAAUCCGGAUGAGGCUAGAUGGAUGGAUAACGUCAGAGUCUGCUUUACUGGUAACAGGACUGAUGUGUUCAAUGGCUAUCCUUACUCGUAUCCUUAG